AAUUCUUUCAUACAAUGCAAGUGUCAAUUUCUAUAUGUUCUUUGGUGGUACAAAUUUUGGUUUUACAGCUGGUGCAAAUGAUUGGGGCUAUGGAAAGUAUACACCUGACAUAACUUCAUAUGAUUAUGAUGCUGUUAUGGAUGAAGCUGGUGGUAUCACAGAGAAAUAUGAAUUAGUACGUAAUGUCAUAAAAGAAUAUAUGGAAGUACCUGAUAUUAAUGUAACAAUGGCUUCACGCAUUGCUUAUGGCUCUGUUAUAUUGAAGCCGAUAGCAACUGUGCUAUCUGGCAUGGGACGUUCAACUCUAACUAGAGGUAAAGCAAUAACUGCUGAAAAACCUCAAACAUUUGAGGAACUUGAUCUGUAUUCAGGUCUUGUUCUAUAUGAAACUGAACUACCAAGGUUGGAAAUUGAUCCCACUUUACUGACGGUUAAUGAUUUACGUGAUCGAGCAUUCGUUUAUGUCGACGAACAAUUUGUAGGCACUUUAUCUAGAGAAAAUCAAAUAUUUUCAUUACCAUUGAGCAAAGGUUGGGGUAAUAAAUUACAGCUCUUAGUGGAAAAUCAAGGUCGCAUUAAUUUUAAUGUUGCCAACGAUACUAAAGGCAUAAUGGGUGAUAUAACCGUACAACGUUUAAGUGGCGAGAAACAAAAACUUGUUAAUUGGGUUUCAACAGCAAUGCCUUUAGAUGGUGAUCAAAUUCUUGAUAUAAUAAAUAAGCACAAGAGCAUAGACAUGACUGAUGAUGUUUUAAAUAUCAAAUCCCAUGUGAUGUCAAAUGGACCUGUUGUUUAUUAUGGAGAAUUCUUGGUGGGUAAACUAGGUGAUACGUAUCUAAAUACAACAGGUUGGGGUAAAGGCGUUCUUUAUGUUAAUGGAUUUAAUUUGGGACGCUACUGGCCGCAAGCUGGUCCACAAAUCACUAUGUACGUGCCAAAGGAGCUUUUAACCUUAGGUCUUAAUAGUGUAGUUAUGUUAGAAUACCAACUCGCAAAUCAAAAAAUACCCAAUAUUGCAUCAGUGGAGUUAAUGAGUAAAGCACAAUUGGACGGUUAAAUACAAACGCAUAAUUUACUAUGGAAAUGGAAUAAAUAAUAAAAUUUUCAUAUAUUUAAUGAAACGAGACUAAUUCGGGCACAAAGUAAAUGUACUUCUAUAUGUAUCUAGCAAAUAAAAUUAAUUAUAACUG